AUGCAGCCAUUAUCGCGAUACCUCCCGUUCUCCUCCUCGAUCACAUCCCUGCAGGCGCUCACAUACCUCCUCGGCGUCUCGCUCUUCUCCAUCUCCUUCCUCGUCUUCCUCAACAGCUCCGUCUCGUUCGUCGUCACCGACCUCAUUGGCCAGAAACAUGGCGUCGGAAACGUCGUCGGCACGCUCGGCUUCGCUGACGAGCUCGUUGCGCUCGUCGCCUGUCCCGCCUGGGGCCUGGCCUCGGAUCGGCUGGGUGUGCGAUGGGUCGCCACGAUCGGGUACACGCUGAUUGGCCUCGCACUGGCCAUCUUCGUCCAGGCGAGGAACGUGUACCCCCAGCUCCUUCUCGCUCGCAUCUUCUUCGCCGUGGGCGCGUCGGCAUCGGCGACCAUGGUGACAGCCAUCCUACCUGUGCUGACUGACGAAGCCGACGACCGGAAUGGGUUCGCGACGAGGCGCAAGCCGACGCACAUCUCCCGGCACAGCACAGCCUUCUCCGUCGAGUCGGAGUUGACGAUUACACCGGAGCGAUACACCGACAGUGCCCCGAGGGACGAAGAUGAAGAUGAGAAUGGCACGGCAUCCAAAGCGCCGGCGCUGGCUGGGUUCGUCGGUCUCUUCACUGGAUGCGGAGCUCUGGUGGCACUGUCCUUGUUCCUCCCAUUGCCGACCAGAUUUGGCGCAAUUGAUAAGGUGACACCGGGUGAAGCUGUGACAUAUAGUUUCUACGUUGUGGCCGUCGUGGCAUUGCUCGUCUCAGUCUUUGUAUUUCUGGGAUUGCGGGGUUUGAAGGGUGAAGAGGGGAAGGGAUGGAGAAUGCUCCUGGGCCGGAGGCCAAGGUUUGCGCAGUUCGAUGCUCUUGACGAGGAGGAUCAGGAGAUGGUCCCAUAUCUGCGGUUACUCAAGGAGUCCUUCCUCCUCGGGUUUACCGACCGCAAGAUCUGUCUUGGCUAUGUUGGUGGAUUUGUGGCUCGGGCAUCAUCUGUUGCCAUCUCGCUCUUCAUCCCCGUGUUUGUCAAUACUUUCUUCAUUGACAGGGGAUUCUGCCACGGUUCGCCAAAUGACCCUUCGCAAGAGUUGAAGGAGGAGUGCAAGUCAGCCUAUGUUCUGUCGUCGAUCCUGACUGGCGUUUCGCAGCUCGUCGCCCUCCUUUGCGCCCCGGCCUUUGGGUACCUGUCUCGUCGGACUGGUAGGGUAAAUUGGCCCAUCGUUGUCGCCACUGUGUUUGGCAUGGUUGGGUACAUCGUUUUCCCACAUCUGCCCAGCCCUGAGAUCAAGAACGUGGAUGGUCGAGGUGGCAGUCCUUUUAUCUUCCUUGUGGUUGCCCUCAUUGGCGUGAGCCAGAUUGGUGCCAUCGUAUGCAGCCUGGGGAUCCUGGGACAGGGCAUUAACCAGGUAGACGCGCCCAGGACCGACCGACGGGAGCCGCUCAUCGCUCCCGGUCUCAGCGAGGAUGGAAACGAGGACGAGGACGACUCGGCCGAGGCGGAUCCCCUGAUGAGCAACUUCACGGAAGAUGAACCUGUAACGCGAAUGAAGCUAAAAGGUUCCAUCUCAGGGGUAUACUCUCUCUUUGGCGGUGCUGCUAUUCUCCUGCUCACCAAACUCGGCGGGUAUCUGUUUGACAAGCUCUCUACUGGUGCGCCUUUCUAUAUGAUGGCAAUUUUCAACGCAGUUCUACUUGGCGUCAGCUUGUGCUUGGACGCUUCUCAAACAUAUUCUAGAACGAAGCUUAGCUAG